AUGGCGACCAAGACUAAGCACGACUGGGCCGACGAUGAAGACAUCGACGAGAUCUCCACGGAGCUCCCGCCCGCCCAAACCAUCAGCAACAAAGACGGGACCAAGACGAUUAUCACCUACCACAUCAACGAGAACGGUCAAAAAGUGAAGACGACCCGGCGAGUACGCUACACGACGCACACCGAGAAGGUGAACCCCCGGGUGGCGGAGCGCAAAGGAUGGACCAAGUUCGGCGCGAGCGCCAAGGACACCGCGGGACCGAUGCCGGACACGACGUCGGUGGGCGAGAACAUUAUCUUCCGGCCGAGCGUCAACUGGCGCAAGGAUGCCAAGGACGAGAAGACGGAUCCCAACGCACAGGCUUUGAAGGAUCAGCUCAAGGAUAAGAAGGUCAAGUGUCGUAUCUGUAACGGGGAGCAUUUCACCGCGAGGUGUCCGUACAAGGAUACUAUGGCGCCCGUGGGCGAGACGGCUACGGCUGAUGUUGCUGCGGGCAUGGGUGAUGAGCCGGCUCCUGUUACAGCGGCGGCGGCGGCGGCGGCGAAGAAGGGAUCAUAUGUGCCGCCUGCUCUUCGUGGAGGUGGUGCUGCGGCUGGGGAGAGGAUGGGUGGAAAAUAUGGCGAGAGGGACGAUUUGGCUACGCUGCGUGUCACAAACGUCUCCGAGAUGGCCGAAGAACACGAGCUGCGCGAUAUGUUCGAGCGGUUCGGCAGGGUCACUCGUGUGUUCCUCGCCCGCGACAAGGACACCAACCUCGCCAAGGGCUUCGCCUUUAUCAGCUUCGCCGACCGCGAUGAUGCGGUCAAGGCGUGCGCCAAGAUGGACGGUUUCGGUUUCAAGCACUUGAUUCUCAGAGUAGAGUUUGCCAAGAAGGCUGCUUAA